GGCUCCCGGAUCCCUUUGCCAAGGUGGUCGUGGACGGGUCGGGGCAAUGCCACUCUACGGACACGGUGAAGAACACCCUGGACCCCAAGUGGAACCAACAUUAUGACCUGUACAUCGGGAAGUCAGACUCCAUCACCAUCAGUGUAUGGAACCAUAAAAAGAUCCACAAGAAGCAGGGAGCCGGGUUCCUGGGCUGCGUGCGGCUCCUCUCCAACGCCAUCAACCGCCUCAAAGAUACCGGCUAUCAGCGGCUGGAUUUAUGCAAGCUCGGCCCUAAUGACAAUGACAACGUUCGAGGGCAGAUAGUAGUUAGUCUCCAGUCCCGGGACCGGAUCGGCACCGGCGGGCAGGUGGUGGACUGCAGCCGUCUCUUCGACAACGAUUUGCCUGAUGGGCCCGGCCUGGGUUUCCUGGAAAUAGCACUCACUGCUUUAUCUCUCCCGUGUCUGGACCGUAGCUGGGAGGAAAGACGGACCGCCUCGGGGCGCAUCCAGUACUUAAACCACAUCACCCGGACCACCCAGUGGGAGCGCCCAACCCGGCCGGCAUCGGAGUACUCCAGUCCUGGGAGGCCUCUGAGCUGUUUUGUAGAUGAAAACACGCCUAUCACAGGGACCAACGGCGCCACCAGCGGCCAGAGCUCGGACCCCCGCAUCACGGAAAGGAGAGUGCGGUCACAGCGACACCGGAAUUACAUGAGCAGAACGCAUCUACACACCCCGCCUGACCUGCCUGAAGGAUAUGAACAAAGGACUACACAGCAGGGCCAGGUGUACUUCCUCCACACACAGACGGGUGUCAGCACGUGGCACGACCCCCGGGUGCCCAGGGAUCUUAGCAACGUCAACUGCGAGGAGCUGGGCCCCCUCCCGCCAGGCUGGGAGAUCCGGAACACAGCCACAGGCCGAGUCUACUUUGUAGAUCACAACAACCGCACCACGCAGUUCACAGACCCCAGGCUGUCCGCCAACCUACACAUCGUAUUAAACCGCCAGAACCAGCUAAAAGACCACCAACAACAGCAGCAGCAGCAGCAACCUCCGCCACCACCCCCGGUGGUAUCCUUGUGUCAGCUCCCCGAUGACGUGGACUGUCUGACCGUCCCCCGUUAUAAGAGAGACCUGGUGCAGAAACUGAAGAUCCUGAGACAGGAGCUGUCCCAGCAGCAGCCUCAAGCUGGACAUUGCCGCAUCGAGGUGUCCCGGGAGGAGAUCUUCGAGGAGUCGUACAGGCAGGUGAUGAAGAUGAGGCCGAAGGACCUGUGGAAGAGACUUAUGAUCAAAUUCCGUGGGGAGGAGGGCUUGGACUAUGGAGGCGUGGCCAGGGAGUGGCUUUACCUGUUGUCUCACGAGAUGUUGAACCCGUACUACGGCCUCUUCCAGUAUUCCCGCGACGACAUCUACACACUACAGAUCAACCCAGAUUCUGCGGUCAACCCGGAACAUCUCUCCUAUUUCCAUUUUGUGGGGAGGAUUAUGGGCAUGGCGGUUUUUCACGGGCACUACAUUGACGGAGGCUUCACGCUACCCUUUUAUAAGCAGCUGCUUGGGAAAUCCAUCACGUUGGACGACAUGGAGUCUGUGGACCCCGACCUGCAUAACAGCCUGGUCUGGAUUCUAGAGAAUGACAUCACGGCGGUGUUGGAUCACACGUUCUGCGUAGAACACAGCGCCUACGGUGAACUCAUCCAACACGAGCUGAAGCCGAAUGGGAAGACCAUCCCGGUGACGGAAGAAACCAAAAAGGAAUACGUCAGAUUGUACGUGAACUGGAGGUUUCUGCGGGGGAUCGAAGCGCAGUUCCUGGCUCUGCAGAAAGGAUUUAAUGAAGUUAUCCCACAACACCUGCUGAAGUCCUUCGAUGAGAAGGAGCUGGAGCUAAUCAUUUGUGGGCUGGGGAAGAUCGAUGUGAGCGAUUGGAAAUCCAACACCCGAUUAAAGCACUGCACGGCGGAAAGCAACAUCGUGAAAUGGUUCUGGAAGGGGGUGGAGUCCUUCGAUGAGGAGAGGAGAGCGCGGCUACUGCAGUUUGUCACCGGAUCGUCUCGAGUUCCUCUGCAAGGCUUUAAAGCGUUACAAGGUGCGGCUGGCCCCCGGCUCUUCACCAUCCAUCAGAUUGAUGCAAACACCAACAACCUGCCCAAGGCACAUACAUGCUUCAACCGCAUUGACAUCCCGCCCUACGAGAACUACGAAAAGCUCUCCGAGAAGCUCCUCACAGCCAUAGAAGAGACGUGCGGCUUCGCCGUGGAAUGAUUGCGCGCGCCACACCCCUGCGGACAUUUAUUUAUGAAGCGCUAUCUCCCGGCCCCCCCUCCCUCUGCGUCAGAGGUGCUGGGGGGGAGGGGCUUCCUUCCACGGGGCACUGUGAAUGAGGAAAGAAACUGACGGUUUGGGAUUAUAUAAAUAUAUAUAUAUAUUUUUUUUUCCAUUAUGAAAAAGUCGUACGACCGCCGCGCUCACGACUUAGCUGCUAUUUAAAAAAAACAAAACAAAUAUCUUGAACUUUAAAAGGACGCUGACUUUUUUUUUUUACGGGAAGGCAGCGCUCUGCAUAUAAAGACUACUAUUUUUAUAUGAAAAACAAUAAAAAAAAAGAGGAGGGUUUAUCGAUUUUUUUACAUUCCCUCUUCCCGGAUCGUGACAUCACGGCUGCCGAAAGGGGAGAGAGGCCGAGCCGAUCUGUGAACAGG